CUCACUGGGGUUACCUGGCUAAGAGCAGCAGCAGCAGCCGCAGCAACAGCAGCAGCAGCAGCAGCAGCAGCAGCAGCAGCAGCAGCAGCAGCAGCAGCAGCACCAGGGCUCCUGAGAGAACUCAGACAUAGUUGGAUAACAUGGGUCCUCCUCUGAAGCUCUUCAAAAACCAGAAGUACCAGGAACUGAAGCAGGAAUGCGUCAAAGAUGGCCGGCUUUUCUAUGACCCCACCUUCCUACCAGAGAAUGAUUCUCUGUUUUUCAACCGGCUGCUUCCAGGAAAGGUUGUGUGGAAGCGUCCUCAGGACAUUUCUGAUGACCCCCAUCUGAUUGUGGGCAACAUCAGCAACCACCAGCUGAUCCAGGGAAGACUGGGGAACAAGUCAAUGAUCCCUGCAUUUUCCUGUUUGGCUGUUCAGGAGUCACACUGGACAAAGACAAUUCCCAACCAUAAGGAACAGGAAUGGGAUCCUCGCAAGCCAGAAAAAUAUGCUGGAAUAUUCCGCUUCCGUUUCUGGCAUUUUGGAGAAUGGACUGAGGUGGUGAUUGAUGACUUGCUGCCGACCAUCAACGGAGAUCUGGUCUUCUCAUUCUCCACCUCCAUGAAUGAGUUUUGGAAUGCUCUACUGGAAAAAGCUUAUGCAAAACUGCUAGGCUGUUAUGAGGCCUUGGAUGGUUUGACCAUUACUGAUAUCAUCAUGGACUUCACGGGCACAUUGGCUGAAAUCAUUGACAUGCAGAAAGGAAGAUAUACUGAUCUUGUGGAGGAGAAGUACAAGCUGUUCGGAGAACUGUACAAAACAUUCACCAAAGGAGGCCUAAUUUGCUGCUCCAUUGAGUCUCCCAGCCAGGAAGAACAAGAAGUUGAAACAGACUGGGGACUACUGAAGGGCCAUACCUACACCAUGACUGAUAUUCGCAAGCUUCGCCUUGGAGAAAGACUCGUGGAAGUCUUUAGUGCUGAGAAGCUGUAUAUGGUUCGCCUGAGAAACCCGUUGGGAAGACAAGAAUGGAGUGGCCCCUGGAGUGAAAUUUCUGAAGAGUGGCAGCAACUGACUGUAACAGAUCGCAAGAACCUGGGGCUUGUCAUGUCUGAUGAUGGAGAGUUUUGGAUGAGUCUGGAAGAUUUUUGCCACAACUUUCAGAAACUGAAUGUCUGUCGCAACGUGAACAACCCUAUUUUUGGCCGCAAGGAACUGGAAUCAGUGGUGGGAUGUUGGACUGUGGAUGAUGACCCUCUGAUGAACCGAUCAGGAGGUUGUUAUAACAACCAUGAUACCUUCCUGCAGAAUCCUCAGUACAUCUUUACUGUGCCCGAGGAUGGUCAUAAGGUCAUAAUGUCGCUGCAGCAGAAAGACCUACGCACUUACCGCCGAAUGGGAAGACCUGACAACUACAUCAUUGGCUUUGAGCUCUUCAAGGUGGAGAUGAACCGCAGGUUCCGCCUUCACCACCUGUACAUUCAGGAGCGUGCUGGGACUUCAACCUAUAUCGACACCCGUACUGUGUUUCUGAGCAAGUAUCUGAAGAAGGGCAACUAUGUGCUUGUCCCAACCAUGUUCCAGCAUGGCCGCACCAGCGAGUUUCUGCUGAGAAUCUUCUCUGAAGUGCCUGUCCAGCUCAGGGAGCUGACACUGGACAUGCCAAAGAUGUCUUGCUGGAACCUGGCACGUGGCUACCCAAAGGUGGUUACCCAGAUCACUGUUCACAGUGCUGAGGGACUGGAGAAGAAGUACGCCAAUGAAACUGUAAAUCCGUACCUGGUCAUCAAGUGUGGAAAGGAAGAAGUCCGUUCUCCUGUCCAGAAGAAUACUGUGCAUGCCAUUUUUGACACACAGGCCAUUUUCUACAGAAGGACCACUGACAUUCCUAUUAUCAUCCAGGUCUGGAACAGCAGAAAAUUCUGUGAUCAGUUCCUGGGGCAGGUUACUCUUGACGCUGACCCCAGUGACUGCCGUGAUCUGAAAUCUCUGUACCUGCGUAAGAAGGGUGGUCCCACUGCCAAAGUCAAGCAAGGUCACAUCAGCUUCAAAGUGAUCUCUAGUGAUGAUCUCACUGAGCUCUAAAUAUCCAAUAUCAGAGAAUCCUGACAGCUUUCCACCUUUUUAUGUCAGGCACCAGGUCUUAGCUAAGAAUCACAGUUACUGAAACCCUACAUUUAUUAAAGUUUCCUCUUUUCUGAUAUUUCCCAUACCUCCCAAUCUAAGUAGCAUCAGUAGCUACAGAACCUAUAUACCUCCAGCAACUGGACAGGGGGAGGUGACAGUUCCAUCACAUGUUUGCUGAGAAAAGAUCCUUAGGGCUUCCAGGGGUGAGAUUCAAAUGGGACAAUAACAAGAAUCUGGGCAUUCUACAUGUGUCUUUGCUGUUUCUACUUGCCCAACAUAUCUUCCCUGCAGGGCAUGUUGAGGAAGGAGGAGAGGGGAUCAAGGCCAAGCUGGUCUAGCCUGACAUCCCAUCUCCUGACUGACACUACCGAUUACCAGCAACACUUUACCAGUAGCGAGAGCCGAC